UCUAAGCUGAAUGAAUUUAUAAAUAUAUUUCGUAAGAACUGUUUAUAAAAUGGCAACAGGCGGAAAGUUUUUCUUCACAUUCGCUCGGGACUUUUUGUCGUGGCAACGUGAAGAUUUAACUUUUCUUAACGAGUGAAUACUAUGGCGGCCAAUGCAAAAUCUAAGAAAAAGUCAAAAGGGAAAACUGUUGAUCUCAAUGUGUUCUUAUCAGCUGGAGAAGAACCCCCUGCAGGGUUUGCUCUUGUUCAACCUAAAAGUAAUAUCAAUUGGGGAGAUGUUAUGGAAAAUGAAGAUCUUGAUGAUCGUUUCACCUUAGAUUAUAAAAAAGAGGAGAAAUUAGUCUUGCCUACUGCACCAAAAGCUGCACGUGGUCCUGAUUUUGAUCUUAGUAAAGUUCCUACCUCACCACCAUUUACAGCAUUCCUUGGGAAUUUGCCUUACGAUGUUCAAGAAGAUGAUAUUGUUACGUUUUUUCGUCAGCUGCAGGUUCAAAACGUUCGCCUUCCUCGUGACACGGGAGAAAGAGGUCGAAUACGUGGUUUUGGAUAUGCUGAAUUUUCAAGUCGUCAGGAUUUAAUUCAAGCCUUAGCUUUAAAUAAUGAGACAAUGAAAAACCGGGCUAUUAAAGUUAGCUUAGCUGGUGAUCAUGAUGGUGAUCGAGGAGGAGACAGAAGAGAUGCUGGCCCUGAUAGAACAUUAGGUGAUUGGAGGUCAGAUAGAAAAGAUCAGGCAUUUUCUAGGGAUGAUAGAAAUGACAGGGAUAGUUUUCAAUCUGGAAGAGGAGGAUUUGGUGAUCGAGACAGAGAUUCUUUCAGAUCUAGAAAUAACUUUGAUCGAGAUUCUGGUUUCAGCAGGGAUCGUUUUGACAGAAAUGAAAGAAAUGGUGAUCGAUUUGAAAGUAGAAAUGAUUAUGGCAAUAGAAAUGACAGAGAAUUUGGCAAUAAAGACGAUCGGUUUGAGAGAAGAGGAAAUGAGCGUGGUUAUGGGUUUUCCUCUGAUCGAGGUUCAAAUCGCGGAGGUGGAAGGUAUGAACGUGGUGGUGGGCGAGAAUAUAACCGAGACAGCUACUCUAGUCGAAGAGAUGACUCUUUUAGAGAUAAUCGAUAUCGUGAUUCUGCUGAGCGAGAAUAUCAACCCCGUGAAAGCUUUGAGCGGAGACCGCCAUCUGACAGGCCUUCUUAUGACAGUGGUGGUAAUUCUCAAAAAGAGAGACCAAAGCUGCAAUUAGCGCCCCGUACAAAACCUAUUGAAACGGUUCCCCCACCAGCUGAAGCUGUUGCUUCAAGCUCUAUUUUUGGUGGUGCUAAGCCAGUAGAUACUGCUGCUAGAGAACGGGAAAUUGAAGAACGUCUUGCGAAGGAGAAAGAAAGUGGCGUUAAGGAAGGAACAAAGGAAAGUGUGGAGGAAGGAAGAGUGCGAAAAUACAGUUCUAGUUCAGGAUUAAGUAAUCGAUCAAGGCGCUCCUCUGAAUCUGGUCCACCUGGUUCUUUGCACCAUGAUGAUGUUUCAGCGCCUCCAUAUAAACCUCCUAUUCCCAGACAGCAGGAAAGGGAUAACCAAACAUAUAAUACCCUUCCAAAAACAAGGCAGCGGUGUAGCAGUAACAGCAGUAGUACUGGAAGUGAUAAAGACAACCAAAUUAAUUCCAAAGGUGGUAAUACUCAAACAAAUAGAAAAGAAAAUUACAGCAGUAGUUAUCACACGAGAAAUGAUGGUGAUGACUCACAUGAAAACAAUGAAGAAAAUUAUACAGAACCUGCAAAAGGUGGUCAUAGAAGUGCUAGACCGAACCAUUAUCGUGAUAAUUCUCGAGAAAGAGCUUUGCAUGCGACAACUUAUGAGCAGCCAAAGCCUCCUGUUUAUACAUCUGCUAAUAAAUUUUCACACCUUAUGAAUGAUGCUGAUGAUCUUGAAGCUGAAAAUAAUUCAGAAUAAGGCAAUAUUGUAUCACAAGCUACUGUAAUUUUUGGAAAGUUUAAUAAAUGGCCUUAGAACAUGCGGGACAAUAUAUUUGUCCUCUAUGUCCAUCACUUUGAUUUGAAAAUUUUUUGGACGUGGGAUUUGUGACAAAUGUUAUAAAUAUAUAUAUAUUGUUAGUCAAAGACUGGAAAUAAAAUAAGUGAUAAGUUCUUUUUUAACUGCUGAAAAUAAGUUUGCCAUGUUUUAUAAAAGUGCAUUAAGAAAUAUUGUAAAAAUUUAUUUUAAUUUUGUUUUUAUAUGGGUUUUUAUCCACUCCACUAUAUAUUUACAAUCAAUUGUUAAUAAAAACAUGUGUGUUAAGGACAAAGCUGUUGUCUUUGACUGACUUUUGACUAUUAUGUCAUCAAUUGUUUGAGAAUUUCUCUAAACAUUAAUGUGUAGUAAUUUUGUUUUUAUUUUGUUACAAUGAUUUUGACCAAAUAUAAAUCUUAUUUUGUUGUUUUUAUUAAAAAUGUGUUUCUAAUUAUCCGAUUGUUUUAUAAGGUGUAAGCCGUUUGCUGUAUGUAUGAUAAAUUGUUAUUAAAAAAAAAUAAAAUCUUGCAGUUUUCUUUUGCAUUUUAUUUUUUUAGGUUUUACUUUUGUUCACUAAAAAAUUGAAUUUUUUUCUGUAAAUGCAUCGGUUUUUUAACCAUUAAACGAGAACUUAAUUUCGUCGGCUGCAGAAAUGUUUUGAUUGGCAUCAGUUAUGCUAACUAAUUUUUUCAAAAUUAUUUUAAAGUUAAGAUAUUAAAGUUCCUUACUCUGGUAAUUUUUAUUACUAAUUUAUAGUUCUUUUUUAAAACUUUCAUUGAUUAUUGAUCAUAGAAAAGGUGUAAAUAUAUAAAUACUGUUUAUAAAUAAUAUUUUCAAGCCAAGGUUCAACAUCAUUCAGUAAGCAGAAAUCCUGUUGCAAAUGUUUCAAUAUGGUCUGUGACUUUUGCAUUGGUUUUUGAGCAUUAUAAACAAUAGCAGACAAGUUCAACAUCGUAGUUUGGUGCUAUUGGUAUUAACUGUAUGUUUGUAUUUAAGGAAAUCUUUCAAUAUUUCUCUGUAGAAGAUAUUCAAUUUUGUAAAAAAGCUUUUAAAUCUGCUUUUUAACAGGAAUCUGGUUUUGUUUUUAGAAAAAGGGUUAUUUUUUUCCCCUAAUUUUGACCUUUUCAAAUAAACUAUAUUUGUCAAUCAAAUUUGUCAUUUUUCAAAUAAACUAAUGUCAAUAAUGGUUUAACUUCAAUAAGAGUUAAGGUCUAAGCAUUUUUUCUGUGAAAGACUUUUUUUUUUAACUGAAUAUGUCAAAUCUAUUAAUUGUCAUGAACAUGUCAAAGUCUAUUAAUUCAAGAAUGUAAUUUUUUUUUAAGGAAUUGUAUUAUUCAACAUUAAUUGCAAUUGCAUUCUACAGUCUAAAUUAGUUUUCAAAGUUUUCCUUAUUAACAUAAUUUAAAAUUUCAGUAAAAUUAUUUAAACUCUCCUUAUUUCUAUAUCUGUUGAUCAAUUUUUGAAUUGCAAAUAAGCUUAAUGCUUUUCAUACUGAUUCUCAUAACAAUAUUGCAUGUAGUAAUUACAAUAAAUAUUAUUUCUUCAAAAUGGAAGUUAAAAAGCUCGUAACAAAAUGUGUACAAGAUUCUAAACUGACAAUUCUAUGAAUUGUACAAUUCAGUUCACAUUAACCCUAAAUCACUGAACAUACAUCUAAUAGAUUGAAGAUUUUCACCAGUUUUGAGACUUUACUACAGCAUCCUCAGUGAUUGCAAAUGUCAGAUAUUGUUAUGUAUCUUUAUUUAACUCAAGCCUUGCUACUUUGUUUAACAUGUUUUAGUGCAAUGAUUAAACAAAAGUUUAGUUGUUGAGGGUAAAAAAAGUUUUUAAGCUUCAAAAUAAACGGAACCCAUUUAGAUCUACAAGUUCCGCUACAAAUGCUAUUAAGGUAAUUCAGUAAAAUGAUAAUUUUAAGUUCAAUUCGGAAUUGUUAUGCUAAUUUUUAUUGUGAAUAUAAAAAUUGAAGAUUGUGAAAUAUUUUAAAUCUUUUUCUUUAUUCAAAAUAUGCUGUGAAAUAUAAUACUUAAUCAAUCUCUUUUCCAAAAAGGCAUUUAAUAAAUUUUCUGUGCUUUUUAUCCAAGAAGUUACAAUGUUUGAUACUGCACUGCAUUUUAUUUCAUAAUUUUAGUAAUGUGCCUGCUUAAUUUAUGAUUUUUAUCCUUAGAAGUUAUGCAGAAUUUUUUGUAGUGUUUGUGCUCAAAAUUUUGGUCAGUUAGUGUGUAGUUUCAUACUCAUAUGCUAUAUUUUUAAAAAAUCAAAAUCUUGAAAAAGAGCCAGCUUAAAGGCUGGCCCUGACAGGCUGGUUUACACAAAAUAUGUAAAUACUUAUACUGCCUUCUUCAUGUUUCAAAAUGCACUCCUUUUAAAUUAAAUUAAAACAUAGUUGAACAAAAGUGAAAUGAUUAGAACCGAGGUCUAAUUUUUUAGCACUCUAGUUAGGUGUGUAUGUGUUAUUGUAGAAACGUGAGUUUGUUUCUGCAAAGUUGUUAAAUAUUUAUAAUGUACAGUGAAGACAGCUAAUGUGCUUUCUGCUCUAACUCUCAUUAUAAUGUGAAAAAUGUAUAGUCAUUUUUUUUUACCACUAGCCACAUUGCGCUGGUGUUUUGAUCAUUAAAGUGUGUAUUGCAUUUCUUAGGCCAAUAAUGUAAAUUGAAUAAAUAUGCCGGAAUUAA